GUUAAAAGUGACAAGUAUAGGUGUGACACUUUAAUAGGUGUAGUUGAUCAUACAUGAUAUAUCAAAGGAUCAUCAUCAUGAUCAGUGAUCACUCCCGUGAGUGAGUGAGAAAUAAAGGAAAAGAAAAAAAAAGAGAGAUAAGAUAAUAUUGAAUGAAUGCCCAUAAUAAAGUUUUCUUCUUCUUAUUACUUUUGUUCAUCUCAAUAAUACUCAAAUAUCCACAACCAUUUCUUUAAUUCUCUCAAUAUUUCUUCUUCUUCUUCUCAUCAAAGAAACUAAAAUCCAAACACCCUUUUUCUCUUGCCAAUUUCUACUUGGGAUUUCAGGUAUAUACGAAGACUAAAUCAAUCAUGGAUUUCAGUGGACAAUUCACUAACAAGAUGGAGAUGAAGGUUGAGAUUCCAUCAGAAACAGAAAUGAUCAUGGGUGGAUCUGGACCCGGGUCCGGAUCCGGGUCGGGUUCAGGGUCAGGGCUUACAAGGCAGGCAAGUGUUACAAAGAACAAUUGCCUAUGUUCCCCAACAACUCAUGCAGGGUCGUUCAGGUGCAGGCUUCAUAGAGCACCAAGUCUCCAAAGAACCAAAAGUAUUGACACUAAUGCAAACCUUCGUGAAUCAAAGCCCAAUAUUACUACUACUACUACUUCCACUACUACUAAUGUUCAGUGAAAAUUCAACAAAAUUAUUCAUCAUCAAUUAGUGCUUGUAUUUAUAUCACAAGCUUCUAUUAUGUGUUAUCACUAUAUCUAUAUCUAUAUGUUAUCAUAUUAUCAGUGUGUUUUCUGAGUUUUUUUUACCCUUGUUUAGUUUUGUGUGUUUAUUUUGUAAGCAGGGAAGUGGAUAAUUAAUUUGUUAUAAUAUAAAUUGGUUCUUUUUUUAAAUAAA